AUGGCUUCCACCACCAAAUAUCAGCCCGCGCCCCAGCGCGAUUCCCUUGACGAGCCUCAGACCUUCACCCAGGCACCUCCUAGUUACCAGACCGCGGGUCCUAGUGGUGGCAAUGACCAAGGAUAUGGAACUCCUCGAUCUGAGGACGAUAAUCUGCCAGAUGACUUCAAGUUUGGCGGUUCAGUGGCCGAAGCAACCCUCGACAUUCGCAUGUCCUUCAUCAGAAAGGUCUAUAGUAUUUUGACCGUCCAAUUGCUCCUCACGGCCGGUCUAUCGUCUCUGUCAUUCUUUUCCGACAACUAUCGCAACUGGAUCCAGUCCAACAGCUGGAUGAUGUGGUUGUCCCUUUUUGGUGCCAUCGGCUUCAUGCUGCUCACAUAUUGGAAACGCAAAUCAUACCCUACCAACAUGCUCUUUUUGGCAGGUUUCACAGGCCUCGAAGCAUACAGCAUUAGUGUCAUUACGUCCUUCUAUGAAAGCCGCAUUGUGCUUCAGGCAUUGAUCCUCACAGUGGGUAUCUUCAUCGGGUUGACUCUCUUCGCAUGUCAAACCAAGUACGACUUCACCAAUUGGAUGCCAUACUUAUUCGGUGCUUUAUGGGUUUUGAUCAUCUUCGGAUUCAUGGCUGCUUUCUUCCCAGGAGGAAAGACCAUCGAAUUGGUAUAUGGUGUCGGAGCCGCAUUGAUCUUCAGCGGUUACAUCCUGGUGGACACACAAAUGGUGAUGAGACAUUACCACGUCGAAGAAGAAAUUGCCGCCAGUAUCAGUCUGUAUCUUGACAUUCUGAACUUGUUCCUUGCUAUCCUCAGGAUCCUAAACAGCCAGAACAACAACUAG